CCUGAAAUACCGACACGUUUUGAAUACUACGGACACAUUUCGAUGGUUUAAACGCUAAAAUGCGAUUGGGGUCAAUUGAACGGCGCUCAGACAAGGCGGCAUUACAAUACAUCACAGCUAUGCUUUCACAACCGUUGCAGCUGUAGCAAAGCGCUUUACGGAACAUUUAACAUUCAACAACAAAUAUCAAACAGAACGCAUAACAUAAAACAUGGACCAAAAUACGCCUUGUUUUUUGAAUAUAGUCGAAGAUGUCUUUUUAAACAGCGUAAUGUGGAGGGAAGGGGGCAGUUUUUAACUCACUCAAAUCGUGAUGGUAACAUUUCAUAUUCGUGUUUGUGCACGUGAGUUUAUAAAAAUUAGCAAAACAAAUCCGAAUCGGGGCAUCCUGUGGAAAAGCUGCAGUGGUCACAAGGUGACUCCAACAUGGCUAUGGUGAAGAGUGGCUGGCUCCAUAGGCAAAGUACCAUACUACGGCGCUGGAAGAGGAACUGGUUCGACCUGUGGUCCGACGGACGGCUGGUCUUCUACACUGACCAGCAGCGGCGGGACAUGGAGGACGACAUCCACAUGAGGAUGGACUGCAUCAACAUCCGCAGUUCCGCCGCCUGUCAAGAGUUGAACCCUCCGGACGGGAAGACGCGCGACGCUUUGCUGCAGAUCGUGUGCAGGGAUGGAAGGGUUAUCAGCCUCUGUGCAGACAGUGCAGAUGAUGCCUUGGCGUGGACUAUGGCACUGCAGGAUGCCAGAAUUAACACGAUGGUCGCGGCUCCUCAGGUGGGCUUUUCGCCAGAGGUGAUGGCCUCUGCUCCGCCGCCAUACUCGGAAUACGCCCCCCAGCCGCAGUUUUACACUCCGGGCCAGUAUGGCGAUUAUGUGGCAGCUUCUCCGCAAGCGACGCAGAUUGUGUACGCUGCCGACGGGCAACCGUACGCCGUUGCCUAUCCUUAUCAGUACCAAGGUGGCUACGGCGCGCCCGGCGUCAAUCACGUGGUGAUCCAGGAGCGCCAGCGCGACAACGGCGGCGACGUGGCCAUGGGCAUGCUGGCGGGAGCGGCGACGGGUUUGGCGCUGGGCUCGCUCUUCUCCGUCUUCUAAGUAGUUUGUGCAACGGUGUUGGUCUACCAGAGCAAAGAUGUAUUCCACCCCACGGCGAUAUGCUUUCCUCUCUGCAUACGAAGCGUUCUUGACGGUCCUAAAAUAGUCACUUAACCUGCGCACUUUCUCCAAUGCAUCGUGUGAGUGAUGGCCUCGCUGUCCUUUAGGUGUGUGAUGUUUGCCGUGAACCAACUUUAACCCCCCCCCCCCCAAAAAAAAAUAGAAUCCAGUGGAACCUCCAAGAUGCUUCAUGAUUACAGUGCUUCCAGAAAGUAGUCACAGCGCUUCACUUUUUCCACAUUUACUUAUGUACAGUGAACCUCCACAUAUUUGGAGUUUGACCCUUGUGAAAUUGCUUUUUUUCCCCCCCCCAGAACCUAUUCUGUAUUUGCUGAGAAUUUCAACUAUUCACUCAUUGUGAAGGAAGUACAGUGGCAUCUACGCAUUCACCAAUUUGCAGAUUUUCUGUCAGGAAUCCCUUCAAGAGACUUUUUAACAUUAUUAAUGGAGAAUUUCUCAUAUUGUACUGGUCAUCAUCACACUUUUUUUGGGGGGGGCCAUCACUGGUCACCUAAUGUGGUGGCAUCGCACACACACAAAAAAUAAUUUUCAGGUUGAACUAUGAAUUGCACCACUUUUAAGGCGUUACACUUUGGAGGUUCCAUUGUU